CGGCGGUGGAGGGCGGCGGCGGCGGCGGCGGCGGCGGGAAGAUGGCGGCGCCCGUCCUGCUGAGGGUGUCGGUACCGCGGUGGGAGCGGGUGGCCCGGUCUGCAGUGUGCGCCGCCGGGAUCCUGCUCUCCAUCUACGCCUACCACGUGGAGCGGGAGAAGGAGCGGGACCCAGAGCACCGGGCCCUCUGCGACCUAGGGCCCUGGGUGAAGUGUUCGGCCGCGCUGGCCUCCAGAUGGGGUCGAGGAUUUGGUCUUUUGGGUUCCAUUUUUGGAAAAGAUGGUGUAUUAAACCAGCCAAACAGUGUCUUUGGACUUAUAUUUUAUAUACUGCAGUUAUUACUUGGAAUGACAGCCAGCGCCGUUGCAGCUCUGAUCCUCAUGACAUCCUCCAUUGUGUCUGUCGUGGGUUCUUUGUACCUGGCCUACAUUCUGUACUUUGUGCUGAAGGAGUUUUGCAUCAUCUGCGUCACCACAUAUGUGCUGAACUUCAUCCUUCUUAUCAUCAACUACAAACGACUAGUUUACUUGAAUGAGGCCUGGAAACGGCAGCUGCAGCCCAAGCAGGACUGACGGCCUGAGAACUCUCACCGACUGACAGUCUGAAGUCCCUUUCCAUUAAGUUUAUUUUACAGCCGUUUUUUUUUUUAAUUAUUAUUAUUCACAACAGACACUUUCCCUAAGAAUCUCAAACUGAUUUUUUAAAAUACUGUAAAUUAGAAGGGGCCCUAGCUAUUUUCUGUGUCAAUCUUCAUUUUAAAUAUGGAUACAAAAAAGGAUACACCGAGCCAAUCAAAGACAAGCUUUAACUUUACUUUGAAGAUGUUUCUGAGAUAAUAAAAUGUAGCCCUAUACCCCUUUCCUCAAUUGUAAGGUGAGCAACCAUUGCUAGUAAUUCUUUAAUGUGUAUAAAUUCUAUUUCAGGUAUAACAAAUGUGAUCAUGACAUGAAAAUAUUUUAGAAUAGAUACUGUAUUAAAUAUUGCUAUGUUUACAAUAUGUACUAUGUUUUUAGCUGAUGGAUUUAAACAUGUAGAUUGAACUAGAGUCCAUUCAUGUGAUAUUUGUAAAUAAAGGUAGAAAUAUUGGAUCCAUCCCUGCAGAACUCACUGUACAGUUCAGUUAAAGUGUAGCAGCCCAGCAUUGACGGACGACACAGGGGAAGCUAUAGGCCCUGCAAAGCAUCUGUGACGAGUCCUGACAGCAUGGGUGCAGCUCUGACUGCAGAAAUGGUAGCGUGGUUGGUCCCUUUCUCAUAUCCCUGCUCAGAAAGGAAGAAACUAAAUUUGAAGGUUCAGGCAACGUUUGUGUAGUCAUAGAACUGGAUCGAUUAUAACCUCACAAGAUGUGAUCAGAUCUUCAGUCCAAGGCCUUCCAGACACUCGUGGUGAGAAAAUGGGACUUUCUUUGACAAAAAAAAACUGGAAAUACCAAUAUGGCAUUUUUAUAUAAAGCCUCUUACAAUAGCUGAGUUUUCAGUUCAGAUAUUUUUCCUUAAUAUUGGUGCCAGUCAACCAAACAGUGUUCUGACUGUGAGAUGACAAGGGUGAGCCCACUCACCCGAGUGGACUUGCUCUUUCUAUAGUGUUUUCCCUAUUUCGUUUUGCACUUAAGGAUUGCUGGUAACUUUCACAAUCAGAUACUGAACCUAUAGACUUGAGCACUCCGUUUGCAUAUCCGUGAAGGUACUAUAGGUAGAUGUAUCUGGAGGUGAAAUACAGUAAUGUUUCUAAUAACUACAUAAAUAUAGUAAGAAGACAUUUGGAGGUGAUUUGAACAAACAUGAAAUUGUGGCUGUACGCUUCCACAGUUAGCAUCUCAAUGUUAAAAGUGCCUUCUGUCUUAAACCUCAAACCAAAUAUUUUGUGCAUUGAACUUGGGCAGAAGUCUUUUCUUUCUUGCCAUGAAGUAGAAACUUUGCAUUUUGCAGAAAGGUUCUGUAUGGCCAUUCAUUCCUUAGACUGAGAAGUGGUGGCAAUGGUUUUGCUUUCAAUUCGAUAGAUCAUUAUGUUAAAAACAACAAAAACAGUCCAUUAGAUUGGUAACUUUUGAGAGCUUUAUUGCUUUCUUUCUGAAGGAAAGGGCAGGCAGGCUUUGCAGCAUAAGCUGAAAUGUGGAGUCCACAAUGGUUCAGCAGUUAACACUGGUCAUACUGGCAACGUAGGUCUUCUGGCUGAAGGCAGAUAUAAAGUCUGAAUCAUAAUAAACUUUUAGUGGGUUUUAACCAGUUGCUUAAAGAAAGGAUAGCUUAAUUCAGAUUUCUUCAAGGCUUGUCCCCAUGAAUGUGAAUAUUCCAGUGCCUGUCCUGUCUUUUUUAUGUGUGGUUCCUGUAUUCCGAAAUAGUCAAAGAACCAUAGAAAGCAUUGGUUGAAUGACUGGUGAUGACAGGAACAAGUGCCUGUGUUUGAGGGUUUGAACAGUGGGCCCAGGUCCACCACGUUGGUGGCUGGUUCUUCGUAAGCUCAUGUGGAAAUGGCUCUAUGGCAAAAGACUUGUGUGGUAUGCAUGGCAGUUGUGCUGAUCAGGUUCUGUGUUCCGAAUUCAGACCCUUUCCACCACAUUUUGUAUGGAUCAGCAGAGGAUUGUUAAAGCUUGUCAUGAUGUUGUAUUCUCAUAAAUGUCUUCAACUCUUAGAAACUGUGAAAGUGUUGCACCAGACUGUCUCUUCAAGUUUUUCUUUUGCUUUCCUUAGCCUUGGAGAAGCCAGCGUUUUGGGUUGUGUAUAAAGUUUUUGCCACAUUCCUUUGAUCCCUUUUCUUACUGAGAGGUGAGCAGGUGAUUUGCUGAAAAGCUCAUUUCUCAAUGAACAACAGAAAACCCUGUUGCACGUUAUUUGGUACUUUCUGCCCUGGGAGAAUUUAGGCUCCAUUCUGUACCUUCUGUCCACCCAGGAGACAGGGAACUCCCCGUGUAAAAUCUGAAGGCUGUUAAACGGACUUUUAAACUGGAUACUUAAAACACUGAGGCAUUACUAGCCACCCAUGGUCAAGGACAGAUUAGAAAACAAGUGGUUGGUUUCUACAGUAACUCCAUGCUUUGUGGCUUUCAAGUGGUCUAUAACAAAGCCUCCUAUUUUUAAGUCAUAAAUAUUGGAAGAACAGGAGAAGCUGUGACCAGGGGGGUCCGGUGGUCUGGAGGGUUCCAUAAGGUCUUUUGCAGCUAGUUGCUGUCAGUGGGAGUAAACUUCUGGAAUAACUCAGGUUUAAUUAGCUGUGUGCCAGGAAUUACUUUUACUUGAUAUAUAUAUAUACAUAUAUAUAUAGAUUCUCCUAAAUUCAUUAUUUUUAAAGAAUGUUAAAAAGCAUUGACUAUUUUCAUACAAAGAGAUGAAGAUUUUUCAUUUGGUACAAAGGAUCUUUGGAUUUACUGGAUAAGAUAUAGGACCAAGACUACAAUAAAAUUAAAAACUAUUUGUUGGCUUUUGUUUGCUUCUUGUUUUUCAAAAUCUUAUCUUUUACAAAAGUACAAAGAAAUCUCCAGGAAUUACUUUCUAAGUUAGAUUGGCACCACUUUAAGAUGCCAGUGAAUACUGACAGGCGAUCUCAUCUUAAAAAUCAGGUGAGACAAAUGCCAACAAAGUCCCACUACGCCGUUUCGGUGACCUGUGAGGGCACACGGAGUCCUCCACUCCGUCCUCUGUGUUUCCCUCCAGCACACAGCAUCCACAAAGCAUUUCCACAUCCACGCUUCAGGCGCACCGAGGAGCCCUAGCUUGUGAGAACCCCCCUUGGAUAAAACGAAAGGGGCAGCAGGGUGGGAGUCCAAGCUACUUGGCUACACUUUUUUCAACAAAUUAGCCCAGAAAACUUGAAAUGCUCUUUUAAAAAACAAAACAACACACACACACAAAACACUAUUGAGCAUGGCCUAAAUAUGAGGUGUACAAUCUGUAAUGUUCCAUCAAAAGUAUUUAUUACUAGUGCAUUUAAGCUCCUGAGUAAACAUUCAUUUAAAAUCCAGUUCACUGGGAAGAUUUCCCCUUUAAUAGAGAUAGAAAGUUUCUUUAUCAGAGAUUUAGAAUACCAUUUUGCUAACUGGUAAAUAAAAACCAUUGUAAAUAUGUAAGAAUGUUUAUUUGUUGCACAUAACUUUUUUGCUAUAAAAUAAACGUAGACGUUUCCUGUGGAA